CGAAGGGACUCGCACUAUACAUGUCAGAGGAUCUCAGCAGCAGCAGCUGUGCACCAACAGCAUACAUACUUACACACACCACCGUACCGUACCGUACGUACGUCCGUGUACAUGAUUGACUGUCUCUCCCCACCCCCCUCACCGGCCAGCCGACGGUGCCCAGACUGAAAAACACUACAAAUCCGUCAGCCAGCCAGCCAGCCAGCCAGCCGGGACCGUGUUAGUGUGACAGCACCGGGAUGAGCGACACGCUCGCCGCGCGUCUCUGCGACGACCCGCUGCUUUGCCUCAUUGGCAACCGGGAGGCCCUCAGCGAAAAAGAGGGCGCCAGGGGCUCGCUGACAAGCGGGCUCUGAGUCAGCGAUAUCCCGCUCACCGCACUCACGCUGACGCACGGCGACAGGCCCUUGGACGGCGGACCUUCACUCAGAUGGCUCCCAUCGCUCCGGCCCCUCUCCCUCUCGCGCGCGUCGUAUGCCAGCCUCACUUUGAGCACCGUAGGGACAGGAAGGGGCAGGCCUGCGCGCGUCAGCCGCACAACAUGGUCCCCAUCGCUCGAUCGCCGCCUCACGUUGCCUGCCUCCACCACCAGCAGGCCUUCACCAUCGUCGGAAGCAGAGGGCGUCUUCUUGGACCACCCGUCGGUCUGGUUGCUCCGGAUACUUGACUCGCUGUUUUCGCUCACUUGUCGCCCUCCGCCGCCACCAAGACCAGGCACCAGCCGCCCACUUCUCCCACCUGCAGCACCGUUCUCUCGCGGCGACGGUCUCAGCAUAACCACGCUCUGGCUCGCAUCAGAUGGCACGUGGGCAGCUCGGUGGUCGUCGGAGCGGCCGGAGGGUGACGUGAUGGCGUGGGGGAUGUCGUCGCGGCUCUCUGGGAGGGAGGAGGGGUGGUCGUGAAUGGACGACUGGUCCUCUGGGUCGUUGGGCCGGUCGGGCUGCAGGAGCUGGCCGACUAGCCGCAUUGGGCUUGAAAAGAGAUGGUCGAGCUCAUCUGGAGGAAGGACGGCCUCACGAGGAGCACCGGCACGCCUGACACAAGACAGGGAACAUGCAUCCAAGGGCAUUCGUUGUCUCUGCCAGCGGUACCUACCUAUCGAUUUCCGUUGACGUGUACGAGAUGGUGUCAGGAGCGUCGUUUCGACUGUCGACUGGCUGCCUCAUGUCGUCUCCAUUGCCCUCCCGCUUCACCUCUGACGGCUCCCUGACCCUCUGCCCCCACGGCACCAUCGGAUCUUCACCGGGCGACCCGCCCCGCCCCCACCCAGGUGGCUGCAUCAUCACCAGUGGCGGCUCGUGACCGACUGCCAGCUCUGAGUUCCCGUCAGUCGAGCUCUCGUGCAAGUCGUCAGACUCGCCGCUCGCCUCAAUGUCUCGGCUACUCACCGGGGGCUGUGGAGGGCGGAGAUGUGUGUGUCGAGGUGACUCUCUGUCUCUUGCUGCGAGGCCGAGCCACGCACGGUGCAGCGGCCCGUCGGUGGCUGAGGGAGAGGGCGUGGCAAAUGCGGCUUGGAGCUGGUCAAGGGGGUCCUCGGGCUCAAGGUGACGAGGGGAUGGCGACCGCUGCGAGGGGCCCUCCUGCGCGCGAACAGACAACAGGCAGAAGAACCGAAUCAGCGAAGAAGGUGCGGUGCGUCCUCUGUGUGGCCAUUUCCUUUCUUUCUCACCUCCGGUGCGUCCCAGUCAUCUUCGUCUUCUUCCUGUAUGUGCUGCCGCCACUUGGCGCCGGCGUCCAGCGAGAGCAUGCCCUCGGCCGUCUUCCUCUUGCCCUCCAUCUUGCCGCCCCCAUGCCGAAUCACGUCAGGAUCACUCCGGCUGCUCUCGAAGCCAUGCAGCCCCUCACAGCCCCUCAUCGUCGGGUGGGUCGGCUCCAUCGCUGGGAUGGGGAUGGGCGGGGGAGGGGGCGGGGGCAGACGAGGGUCCUCGGUGAGGUGGUCAAGGAGGUCCUUGUCGGACGAUCCACGCCGCCUGAGGUCGGCUGCGUCCACCAGGUGGGUGUCGCGGUGGAUGAGGGGCAUGGCGUAUGAGUCGUAUGAGUCUCCCGUGCUUUCCUGCACGGUCAGGGAGCGGAUGCGAUCCUCGCUCUGCUUUGGCGGCCGGCGUGUGGCGAUUGUCGAUGUGUCGCCCUCGCGGCCAACAGACCGCGACCGACGCCUGAUGGAACCAACCAAUCACACACACACAGACAGACAGAGCGACACAUACAUCGAUUCAUCAUCCAUCCACCAAGCCACAAUUUUUCCUUCCUUCCUCUGCUCACUUUGAUGAGCCUCGUGUGGUGCUGGCUGAUGUCUGCCGUCCCCCCGAUGUCCCUCGCCAGCCGGACAUGCCGCCAGCCACACUUCCCUCAGACAGGAGGAAGCGCGGCGGGGCGUGCAUGACGGGAGACGGAAGGCCGCCUGCGAGGGACGCCAGGGGUGGCUGUCUGUCGAUGGACGCGCUGCUGCUCGUGCCGGUGCCUGUGCCGCUGCGACGGCCCCGUUCGCUCGUCAGCCGAGGGAGCGUCAGAGGCCUGCCGACGAGCAAUCCGACGAGCAAUCCAACGACACAAUAAAUGAUGGUUGCAAUGGCAAUGUAACCCACGUGCCCGCCCAUAUGUGCGUGUGUGUCACCUCGGUGAGCCUUCAACGGCAGCGUCUUGGGCCGCCGACGUGGUGUGGCUUUCGACUGGUGGCUGGAAGGUCGUCGGGCGGGCGGCCGGCGACAGCUCGGGGGAUGGUGAAGGCUGUGUCAAGCCCUUGUCAGCAGACGAUGCCGCCUGCAUCAGCAAAGACGAAGAGAUCCAUUCACCCCAUUGCGAGACAUUCCCGCACCCAUCCAUCCAUCCAUCUAACAGUGCAUACCCUUUUGACAUCCUCUCGUGAGUCGGCCCGCUGUGUGGGCGGCAGGGGCGUCACGGGCGUGUUCUCGAAGAACUCGCCCGACGUUCGUCCGCGGCCAGAUGGGCUGUUGUCGACAGAGGGGCAGAAGGGAAGUCGGUGUGACGAGGUUGAGGGGCUCUCGGCCUCCCACGCGAGAGCGGGACCCUUGCUCGUCGACAGGUCACCAUUCCGACUGACAGUCAGUCAGUCACAAGCAGGGGGACAUAACAUUGCCUCUUUCCUUAGAAUCCCCGGCCAUCAUACACACACGCGUACCCCUUGAUGCUUGUUUUCCUGCACAGUUGCUGCUCGCUGCUGACACGCCUCUCGAUGACCCCAGCCUCACUCCUGGGUCGUGAGGGGACGUCAUCAUCGCGCCUCCUCUGCCUGCGGUGGAACUCAGACCGCGGCGACUGCGGCACCGAUCGCACCACAGAGUCUCGGCUUGACGCCGAGUCGGGCGAUCCCAGGCCUGGACGGUUGCGACGCCCGUUGGGCGGCGACACGUCGCUCUCGAGGGUGUCGAAGUCCUCUACCAUCAGGAACUGCGAGGAUGGGCGGCCUCGGGCGCGCUGCGUGGGGGUGUUCUGGUGGAUGAAAGGGGGAAAGAACCGACAGACAGACGGACAGACAGACAGACAUGGUGCCCGUCCAAGAGAGGAAGGCGUCUUGUUCUACCUUGUCUUCGUUGAUUGGGAUGACCAGGUUGUUUCGGCGCCACUCCUCCUCAAGCUUGGCGAGAUAAUCUGACGGAUGCGUGGAUGGAUGUAGGUCUCUCUACCUGUCGUUGCCGGUGUCUGUCUGCGGACCCACCUGCUUGGAUCUUGACCUUGGCGGUUGUGCCCAGGAUGGCCUCAGGGGCAAGCAACCUGACCAACAGAGAGAGAGAGAGGGGCACAAUAUUGCCAGUCUGUUGCCUGUCCAGGUAUGCGAUGUGUGUUACUUACUUAUCGUCGGAGUUGCCCAUCUCGUAGACGUUUUGGCGGGCGAACUUGAGCAGGCGCACGCACUCGACGUCACGCGCAUUCAUGAGCCGAUUCCUGGUUGGCAAACACACAGAGACAGGCAUGCACAUGAGCAAGCAUGCUCUCCUGCCUCCGUCUGUCUGUUCUGUCUGCUUUGCUUGUGGGUGUUGUGUGUCUGCCCACCUGAGCAGCUUGAGGAUGGCGAGGCCGAUGUGGUGCAUUGACUCGAGGCCCUCGCUCAGCAUCCAGUCCCACAGACGACCCACACACUCAAACGGGAAGCUGACAUGAAACACAACACACCACACCACGACACGACUGAUGUCUGUGCGGUUGUGUGGUAUCUUUCUGUCAGGCAGUUUACAGACCUGUAUAGGAAGAGUGAGAUGAACCACUGCAUUGCGUAGACCUCGACGUGGGCGUCGUUGUCCUCGAGGUGGCGUGCCAGGAUGGGCAGCUUCUGCCUCACAAGCGCGUCGAACUGAUGCAUGAACAGCUUGAUCCCGUACAAACCCUCCUCAAAGAAACGGGACGCACUGCAUGGCACGCAUCCACAAGGACAGUGCACAAAUGCUGUUUGUGGUGGUGUGCUGUGCUGUGUGGUGUGUUUCGUCACCCACCCAUAGGUCUCUGCGUCCAUGAUCCUCACGAAGACCCAGAAGGCCUCCUCCUCGGCUUUCCUCUCCAACUCCCGCAGCCCCUCCUUAGUCAUCUGACCACCGCCCAUCGGACCUCGACACGACGGACCCCUCUCGCCAGCGCCACCACCACCCCCGCCAACCCACGCAUUGCUCGGCGGCGAGCCGCCCUGCCGGCUGCUGCCGCCCAUGCCGACGGAGGAGAAGAGGCUGUUGGGGGAGUUGGUUGUGCCGCCCUGCGGCGCCUGCCCGUGGGAGGGCGGGGAGGUGAGGUCGGGGACUGAGGGGUGUGUGGAGGUGCGUGUGGCUGUGGACGGUGAGAGGGCUGCGUCAAGCUUGUGGGUGUGGGCCAUCAGCAACAGGUACCCUGCGAUGAAAUUCAUGCCCUGCACGUACCUGAUGAUAAGACACACACAGAAGAAAGAAAGACGCGCACACACACGGGGAUCACGUCACACGAAACCAUGAAAAAAGGUCUCACUCACGGCAGCUCGCUCACCCAAUGCCUGGGUUGUGGUUGGCGUAUGCCACCAGCAGCCGACGCAGAGCCGCCUGCCCAGCCGGGUCCCUGACAAGGCAGGGAGCAAUUGCACAGGGAUAGCUGUGACCGCUGCACAAGGGGAGGGCAUCUGUCAACUUAUGUGCGCAUGUAUUUUACUUGAAGAAGAGGCUGCCUUCUCCCUCUGGGAAGGUUCUCUUGAGGUCCAGCUGGAUCUUGGGGUCGUUCUCGGGGUUGGCGCGACUCGCUGCGGCCAUUCAUCGUGACAUCAAACCAUCCACGCCUCCCUUUGUGCCCUCUGUCUGUCUGUCCGACUUACCCAGUUCCUCGUAUUUGCCGACCUUAUACGAAUCCCCGUACCCCACUGCCGCCUUCCACGACAGCCACCUGCACCCACACAUCCAGGAAAGGAAUGAAAUCACACGCACACGGCCGCACCGUAACGGCCGUAAGAGGCUUGCCUUGCCUUGAAGGCUGUGUCCGCCACUCACUCCCUGACUCACCUGAAGCGUGCUGGCGGGCCCUUCCUCAGUCGCUUCCGAAAGUUGUCCGGGUGGUCAGCAAAGUACUCAGCAAACUCGCCGUCUUGCAGCAUGCUGCCACACAGAGAGAAAGAGUAAGUGACAUCUCUAACCCUUGCUACAUCCAUGCCCUUCCUCUGUUUGCUCACUUGAACCAUCGCCUGAGCAGCUUCCUGUGUGUCUUCUCCUCAGGCCUGAGUGACUCGAGGAACUCCCUCUCGCUGGGCUGGUACAGGAAAGGCCGCGGCUUGGGCGCCGUCACGGCCAGCGGGCCGCCCUGCGUCGGCGUAUCAGAGGGCGUGUGCAGGCCGUGCGGGGACCCUCCCACGUGCACCGGACGGCUCACUGCCGAGGCACGCCUGCAAGGAACGAAAGCAACAAGAGAGGACAACACCAAACGCCUGCAAGGCUACCGAGUGGACUCGUUGUUUGCUGUGUGUGAGAGGUGGUACCCGAGUGGAGGGGAACCGUCCCUCGUCGGCUCGUGUGCCCUGGCCGCAGACGAACAGUUGCAGCCCAUUCAGCCCUCCGCCUUCUUCCUGACGAUGCCUGGUGAACUAUCAGGCCCACAGGCAGCCCGACAGCCAAGGCCUUGGGCCACAGAGCUUAGUUGCCUUUUCGAACUGACGGCUGAGAGGCCGGACGCUUCAAUAAGAGCUUGUGUGAGCUUUCCUGAGCCUCAUCGCC